GACCGACGAACACUUCCUGGGCAGCGACGAUAUCUUGGCAGGGGUGCCGCAUCGCAAACUGUGGAGUGGAACCAACAGGAUGGUCGCUUCUUCUGGCCGAGCUGUGGGAAGUUCGUCUUCCGAGGUACACGGACUCACCUGCAGAACUCCUACUUCAUCGUUUCGGUUUUGACUGGAAAGCCUCCGGCGUUUCUCGCGGACAACGCGACUGUACAGAGAUUGGAGAAACAUGCGCCUGCACAACCUCACCGAGUCCUUGGCCGAUGUCUACUCAACCUAACUUCGGUAUUGGACAUGUCAGUAUUCCAGGGGAAGGUCAAGAGGUUCACGGCAGAUCAUGAUCGCUACAUUGUCGGUGAUAUCAACGGCAACGUCAAGUGUAUACUGCGUUCCAAGGGCAUGAAGGAGCCCGAGUUAGACUUCCGCACUAACCGGCCGGAGCAACUGAAAACUGCCACUACCGUGUCCCACUUGAACCGAUACGAGAGGUACUUAGUGGUGCGCAUCAAGAAAUGUGAAGCACUGCCCGUGGCGGACUUUGACACAAGCAGCUCAGAUCCAUAUCUGCGUUGCACCUGGGACAAUAUGGUCAUGCUUUCACCAGUCGUCAAGCAAUCCCUGCGUCCCGUUUUCAACCAGAGCUUCUACUUCCCUGUGAGGGUGGUGUUUCCUGAGAUGCGGAUGGGCUCCAAGGCAGAGAAGAAACACCAAGAUACAAUCCUCAAGUACGAAUUGACCAGCAAGGGCUUCGUGCAAAUUCAGGUGUGGGAUGACGACGUGACGUCAGCGGACUGCCUUGGUGGAUGUCAGGUUACCCUGGGUGACAUUCUGAACGUCAGGGCGACCCAGAAGCGCACCCUUCUGGGGCCGUUGAAAACAGAAAAGAAGGACGAGGAGGAGGAGGAGAAUGAGCUGGAAGAGAAGCAAGAACGACACAACCAGUGGUAUGAAGAGCCGAGGUCGGUGCGUGUGUAUGAUGGGAGCAAGACAGCCUUGGGCCAAUCAGCUUUGGCCAACAAAGAUGCUGCUCUCAUACAUUUCGAGGCUUACUUCUACCCAGAUUGGGCUGAAACUCUCCGCUUCGAAGAUGAAGUACAUGAGGCUGAUACUGAAUCUGUCUGGGCAAAGAAAGAAGAGGAAUGGACCGUCCGAAACCGGCAAAAGGCUGAAGACUAUGCUUUGCCUUUCCCGGAUUCAAUUGGAGCCAAGAGGCCAAAAGAGGAGAGCAUGAUGCAAACCGCCGACUCACUGCGACGUUUCCCCUGCAUCGGUCUCCAUCCGCUGACGCGUGUUGAAACGCCGCUGAUGGCAUUCGUUUCGCCGAUCAUUGUGCCGGAGGAAUGGAGCUUUCCCGCAAAGAUGCUUGAAUGGGUGCAUUGCUUAUCAUUCGAGAUUACCCAACGCCAAGCUCGCACAGGUCUUAUUCCGACUGACGGCUGGAAGGACCCCGAGUAUGUCCUGGCGCGACGCAAGGGAGCACCGCAGGACCACUCAGUCCUGCUUUGCUCGCUUUUGCUUGGCUGCAAAGAGGAUGCCUACGUCGUCAAAGGCACUGUCUACUCGAAAGAUCCUGUUGCCACUAUUGACAAGGCAGACCAACUCAUCGAGCACACCUGGGUGAUGACGCGCCAUAAAGGUUGGGUAACAUUCUGGGAACCUUGCAGCCGGCAGAUUUAUCACCUGCCAAAUCGUUACGACCCAAAGAAAGCGAGGAGAAGGAAAGCAGAGCCCACCUUGGGAAAGGAAGACGACAAAGAGGAAGACGAGGAAGAGGAAGAACAGGACGAAGACACAAAUCUGGAGAAGCAGCAGUGGGAAGGGGAAGCAGAAGAUUCCCGAGUCCAUUUGGAGGACAUGGAAAGUCUGCCCACUGUGGGGCGUAUGCCCAAGCCCAAGAUGCGUUCAGAUAAAGGCAAGAAGAAGGAUGAGGAACCGGGCCGUGAAAGGCUAAAGCGAGAACUCAUCGAGCAGCGUGAGGGCCUCCUCAUUGCUCCGAAACGGAAGAUGCUGCAGGAAGAUACCCUGGUGACGUGGCUGCCAUACGACUCCAUAGAGGUUGUGUUCAAUGACAAGAAUGCGUGGGCAAAUCGUCAGAACCACCAUCCAGCUUGCAUUGCAUACGACUUCGACGAUACAGAUGCAGAAAGCCCUCCGUGGGAACCAUUCCUUAGUGAUGAUGACGAAAAGAGCCUCCACUUCCAGCCGAUUUGCCCGAAUGUCUCGGUUCAGCCGGAACUGCGGCCAUCUAUCAUUGAUGAACUCCAGGCUGAUUUGCGUACGGAGAUGAUGCAGAACCUGCAGCUCUAUAGAGGCAAGAAAGGCAUGGACACCAUGUUUGACCACAACGAGGAGCUCAUGCACCAGCUGCGACUCUUCCUGGAGAUCCAUGAGCUUUGGAGACAGAUUGAUCCUGACAGUCCUUCUGCUUCCAGGGUCCUCGAGGGAUAUCGUGAGAUUCCAAACGACUACCCCCGGGAGCAGAUGACUGACCAGCAGAAGUUCUUCAACUUUGUUGGUCGAAUUCUAAACCUUCGAGUCUGGAAUCGGCACGGGUCUCCCUUCUUCGACAGUGGUUACAAGGAUUAUGCCAAAGAGCAGGAUCGCUUGUGGAAGUCGCUUGAGCGCUUGUGCCACGAUUUCCAGAAGAAGGAGGACAGUUUCCCCAUCAAGCGGGGGAAAAAGUUCAGUGGUCUUCCAGUGCAUUUUUGCACCUCCGAUCAAGAAAGUAUUCGACAAUACCUCAUGGAGAUCAAUGAGUAUAAGCAGAUCAUUGACACGGACGAAGAGGACGUCUUUUACACGAUCGAGUGCAGAAUCCUUGGUCGCCUUGGCGGGAUCCUUUCAGUCUGGCUUUACGUCGGCAUUCAGGAGCCUCAAAGAGAGACCGAUUUCGAUGAGGAGUUGUGA